UUUAGGGGCAAUACGAUCCAAAAGCAGCGAAGUUGUAUUCGUGUGAGACCGGAGUAAAGUGUUACAAUUCGAGUCUCCAUGUUACAAAGGCGAUAAGCAAGCCCUGGAGAAAGUUUAUCAGAAAAGGUUGAACGCUCUUCGUCAGGAAAAAGAGAGGCGUGAGAUGUGACCUAUUUAAAAGAGGUCUUUAAGACUAUGAAGGGGUUGGGAAAGUGUGACUGGAUAUCUGCAGGGUGUAGUGGAGUAGCCCAGGAUAGGCAUCAGCAAAUACCCGUAAGGACUAAACGCCGAGGCUGAGUUAGAUUUACAUGGUUGCGUUAUGAAAAGCGCUACCACAUGGAACUGCUGAGCUGAAUAGUAGCGCACACAUUUCAGCAGUGAAUGAUCCACAUCUCCAUCACAUCCCAGAUCUGACAGAAAUAUUGCCCUUUUCCUGUAUGACACACUCUUCAAGUCAGAUACAGUUCUGACUGUACAUUCAGUCACAGGUGGCAAUGCCAGUGGAGAGAAUGCGUAUGCGUCCAUGGCUAGAAGAACAAAUAAAUUCAAAUAAAAUACCUGGUUUGAAAUGGCUAAAUAAGGAGAAGAUGAUUUUUCAGAUUCCAUGGAUGCAUGCUGCUCGACACGGAUGGGAUGUGGAGAAGGAUGCUCCUUUAUUUAAGAAUUGGGCUGUUCAUACAGGAAAAUACCAUCAUGGUGUCGACAAACCUGACCCUAAGACAUGGAAGGCCAAUUUCCGCUGUGCCAUGAACUCAUUACCUGACAUAGAAGAAGUAAAGGACAAAAGUAUCAAAAAGGGGAGUAAUGCAUACAGGGUGUACAGAAUGCUACCAGCUACUGAAAAACCAAAUAAAAAAGGAAAGAAAUCAAAGGUGGAAAAGGAAGAAACAAGUAAACCAGCCAAGUGGAAAACACCAAGUUUUCCUUUUGAAGAAAAUCAAGUAUUGAUAAACAGUCAUGGUCUCUACACAAACUCCAGUCCUGUAGUCAAAGAAGAUGCACAAGUUCACAGCACUGUGGGCAGUCAUAUGGAACUUGGGCAUUCUCCAAGUCAUAGUGUACUGGAAGAACCAAUGAUUGUCAGCAAUCCACCAGACGUCUGCCAAGUUAUAGAAGUGACCACAGAAUGUGACGACCAGCCUAUCAGCACAAGCCAGCUAUACCCGUUGCAGAUCUCCCCAGUCUCCUCCUAUGCAGAAAGUGAAACGGAUAGCGUCGGAACUGAAGAAGAACCUGAUGAGGGGACUGAGAGCACAAAUCAAGACCAGUCACAAUGGCAGCAGAGCAACAUCGAAGGCAAGGAGUUUCUGAGCAACAUCGGCAUGAACACUGCAUUUUCCCCAUCCGCAAGUCCCACCGUGACCUCGAGCAACUUCAGUUUCAAACUCCUGACCAAUGGCUCUGAGAAAGCACCCGUUUAUACCUCUGCCACAUGCACCAGCCUGUCAGUCAGCAUCUCCACAUCGUCUGUGCCAUCGCAGCAAGCUUCUUUAAAACACCGUGUGGCUGAAAACCGAGCGACUGUCAUCAUGAAGACAUCAGACUUAACGCGAGGCAAGAACUGAUGAAUCCACUAUUUCCUUGGGUGUAAUAUCUCCUUGUUCUGGUGAUGCCUUAACUGGGAUAAGCUGCACUGUACCAUAGAUGGACCUUACAGGCCUGUUGGACUAAAAAUAUAUAAAUAUAUAUAUAUAUAUCUAUAUAACUUAAAAGAAAAUGUGCUGCAGAACUGGAAAUCACUUGGUUGCCUUUGCCUCAACUGCCAUCUCCAGUUCAUGAAUUUUAACUCAGGACAUUAUAUUGAAUGAUUUUCUCUGUUUUCCUGUUGCACUUUGCUGUUACUUCAGUGACAGCAAGAGGCUGACCCUUGCCUCAGCCUUGAAUGCAUGUCUGAGCACUCGAGACAGGACCAAUAUGAUACACCCCCAAUCUCCACGUGCCUAUCAAACCCACCUGCAGCAGGGGACAAAAAAAAAAUGUGAACUGCUUUGACAAUGUGUAAAUUUUUUUAUACUCUUUGAAUGUGCAUAUGUAUAUAACGCAGGAGAAAUUGAAUUUUACUGCUUUUUGCACCUUAAAUCUAGGCUCGCACUUAACGCUGUCACAUUGCUGGCAACUACAUGCAUUUAGAACUUAAAAGAUUCCUGUGGUUUGGAGUUUAUGGCCUGAUCUUAUGCCUGCUUACACUGGUCUCCUUCGCUCAAGCACAAAACUAUAAUAAGCAGUGCGCAACAAAAGUAAAGUGGCUUGAUUAAAAAGGACUGGUUUUAAUUUUUUUCUAAAGCAAGCUUUUUUUUAUCGUAUGUAAAGGGAUUAUUUUAUUCAGGGUAAUUGAAUUCUGAAGUGAACAUAAAUCUUUAAAUUUUUUUUACCAAAAUAAAUGUUGUUUCUGUCUUUGU